UGUACCGUAGAAGAAAAGCCGCUUCGACUGAGGUUUGAUGUACUGUUGAAAAAGUGAGACCUCCAGUGUUCCCGCACGAGAAUACUUCUCUCCGGGGACGCUCGCGUUGAUAUCACUCGAUCCGUUCAUACGUCAAAGGGGAACGGACGCCAUGUUUGCCGUCAGAAGCGCUCUCCGUCUGGGUCCGAAGCUAUUCAUUCCCGCGUUGGCGAGGCGCGGGUGCGCCGGGGCUGCUAUCCCGGUGGACGAUGUGGUCAACGGGCUGACAGACGAGCAGAUCCAGCUCAGGCACAGUGUUCGUAAAUUCUGUGCAGAAAAACUUGGGCCCCAUGCUGAGGAGAUAGACAAGAAGAAUGAGUUUACAGGGAUGCGGGAAUUCUGGAAAGAUGCGGGUGAGAUGGGGCUGCUUGGCAUUACUGCACCUGUGGAAUACGGAGGCACUGGAUUGGGCUACCUCGAACACGUCAUCGUUAUGGAGGAAUUAUCUCGUGUGUCGGCGGCCAUCGCGCUCAGCUACGGCGCCCACUCCAACCUGUGCGUCAAUCAGAUGGUGCGCCACGCCAACGAGAAGCAGAAAGAGAAGUACAUGCCAAAGUUAAUGACAGGAGAGCAUGUGGGCGCCUUGGCCAUGAGUGAGCCUAACGCUGGCUCUGAUGUCGUGUCCAUGAAACUCAAGGCGAAGAAGCAAGGUGACUACUACGUUCUGAACGGUAACAAGUUCUGGAUCACAAACGGACCAGACGCCGACGUCCUCAUUGUGUACGCUAAAACAGACGUAGAGGCCUAUCAGAAAGGCAUCACUGCGUUCAUUGUUGAGAAGGGGAUGCCGGGUUUCUCCACAGCACAGAAGCUGGACAAACUGGGUAUGAGGGGGUCAAACACUUGUGAGCUGAUCUUUGAGGACUGCAAAGUCCCAGAGGGGAACAUCCUGGGUCCAUUAAACAAAGGGGUCUAUGUGAUGAUGAGCGGUCUAGAUCUGGAGAGGCUGGUACUCGCAGCUGGACCUGUUGGCAUCAUGCAAGCUGUUUUGGACUCUGCAAUUCCCUACCUACAUGUUAGAGAAGCUUUCGGAGAGAAGAUUGGACACUUUCAGCUGAUGCAAGGCAAGAUGGCUGACAUGUACACCAGGUUGAGCUCCUGUCGGCAAUAUUUGUACAACGUGGCCCGGGCCUGUGACAAAGGACACUUUAGUGCCAUGGACUGCGCCGGAGUCAUUCUGUACUGUGCCGAGAACGCCACCCAGGUCGCGCUGGAUGGCAUUCAGUGUUUGGGCGGUAAUGGCUACAUCAAUGACUACCCCGUGGGACGCUACCUGCGGGACGCAAAGCUAUAUGAAAUCGGCGCAGGCACGAGUGAAAUCCGCCGCCUUAUUAUCGGACGAUCCUUCAAUGCCAUGUUCAAGUGAGAGAGAGAGAAAGAGAAGUGCUCUUAUCAAUGAGUGAGAGUGCAAUUUCGUCCACGAGAAACACUUCUUCACAGCCUCACGGCCUUAACUUGUUUAACUAAUCAGUGCCGCUGACCUACAUCAUGUUUGUGAAUCUCUGUUAAUGUUUUAUGUACAUGAAAUUAUGCCACGUUAACACCUGUAGUCUGAACACAUCAGUGCGAAGUAACCUUCAUAUCAAGCAAUUACUUUAAUUACUGAAAUUCCAGAAAUGCAGUUGUAAAAUGUUCCUGUUACAUAAGUCAUUUGUCACUUCAUUAAAUUCUAUUAGCGUUUGGAAAUAUUUUUAUCAAUGUUAAUGGUUGGGUUUUUUUUUUUUUUUUUCUUCCCCUCUUCCUUCUUCCAGUGCCUGCGGGCUAAAGAAACUGAUUUUUGUUAACACUCCUAUUUCCACUGCUUUCAGUACCUCUGCUAGGUAGAUGGCAAUAAUGUGUCAAGUUAAUCAAGUUGUCCUUUUACCAUUUAUAGGACAACAUUCUUCCUGUUACAGUUCUGUGAGAGUGAAGUAGCACACAGAUGAGUUUGAGUAUGCAGAGGGAUUUGGUUGAGCUUUAGUGUCGCUCCAGGACAUUUGGGGCCGAGUCCUGCUGUUGGAAUCAAACCAGAACGAUCAAUAUUGACUUUUUCCAGCCUUCCAGGUGUCCAUUGCUAUCAUAACCACUCAUGAUUGUACAUUGUUCAUGAAACAAUCCAAUGCACAUUGAAACUGAACACUUGUUGGGCUUCUUUUAGUAGUAAACAACAAAGUACUGUUUUGGAUGGGGUCAAGAGGUAAAAUUAUUCUGAUCUUGUAUAGUCUCAAUCAGUUUUUUUUUUUCCCCUUUGGCUCCGUGUUUUUUUGUGUGAUGGCAAAGAGUGUGGGAUGAAACCAUAUAGACCCAUAGUACAAUGAGCAAUACAAUUAAUAAAAGCUCAAAUACACAAACUCAUUUUACCAAGCGGUUGCUAACAUAAAUGCACCUAUUAUGCACAACAUUUAAACCUAUUAAUUGCUUCUCGCUUACAAUGUUGCUCUACAAACACCUUCCUGUUCCCACUCCAUUAGUUUUACUUUAUUUUAGUUGUAUUAUAGUGUUGAACUUCUGACAUGGGGGUAAAAUGUUUUAAAUUCUGGCCACCAUGUAGAUAUAAACAUAUGCACAAAAUGCUCAUUUGUGGCCAAAAUAUAACGUGUGACCAUGAAAUGGGUAUGUCGUGCGCACAAAAUACUUUUUGCACUCAAAUCGCUUACUCAACUGUCAAAGGAUGGUAUUAAAAUUAUUAAUUUGUAUUUUGGGCACACCUACUUCAUGGCCACAAUUUUGCAUUUUGUGGUCCCAAAUUUGUAUUUCGUGGCAAUUAGCAUUUUGUGCACACGUUAUAUAUGUAUUGUGUCCCAUUUUUUCCACCCCAUGGGCGUCUGGGGCUCCACAGUAAAGAACCUGUUCCCUUUGGAUAUUUUGCACAGUCACGUAAGCGAAGGCUCCAUUCCAUUAAGUGCUGCUGGAAGCCAUGAAGCUAAGGUUGCUUGCACCCUAAAUGGAAUGUGGCCAUGAAUAAUGUAAUUACAGUUGUGCUUUUUCCUGCUUUGACUGACAGCUUGCAAAUAUGAAAGGAGGGAAAACUGACGCGCCACAUGACCAUCACCAGUUAGGGUGAGGGAGCACACGAAAACGACCAUCUACUUGGUGUGUUGACUUUGUGAACUAAAUACACUGAUAAAAAGGAUUUAACUAUAUUCCAUGCUCUAUUUUUAAAUCAUUUCACCUUCAUUAGGAAAAUGUUUUACUUAAUUCCUGUAAGUGAAAUGGGAUUUUAGUGGAAAAAAUUAAGUUGCUCUGAGAAGUGCAUGUAAGCACUUCAAUUUUAACCAACAACUCCUCUUUUUUCUGCUCUCUUUUGGCCUGAGCUGAACUAAAGAGCAGGUUUAUCUGCUGAAGCCAUUACUAAAAUGCAAAUGAUGGGAAUUCAUCGAUCAACACUCCAAAAGAAACGUUUGUUUUGAUUUUCCUCCAUUAAAGAAUUCCUGUGAUUUUCCAGAAGAAUGGAGCCAAUAAGCAAACUUCUUUUGUCUCUUUUCUUUUAAAGGACCUUUAGCAUUGAGUUUAUUAUUACUUAAACAUUUGUGCUAAAGUUAACAAUCUGUUAUUGUGGUGAGAUGAGGCAUAUAGUCAGAUAACCAUCAAAUGAUUUAAAUCUAGCUGCAGCUCAAAUCAGAUAUGACCAAUUAGUGCAACAUACCUGUAGUAUAAUAGUUUGACCUAAUGUGACAUUUUAAAUAACUAUGUGGAAGAAUUGUAUUAUUAUGUUAGUUAUUUAGUGAAUUACCCCUAUUGUGAUGUCAUAAUUUGUUGAAAUUCAAAACAGCUUGCUCACAGGGACAUUUUUAGAAAUAGAUAGAUUUAAAAAAAAGUGUACUUAGUUGUUUAAUUUCUCACUUAAUGAUUGGGCAGACACUUCUAUUUGUCAACAAGCCAUAAAAAAGUAUAUUUUUUUAGUACAUUUGUUACAUCUUGAUAAAAAGUGGCUUGAAGUGCUUUUGAAUAAUUGUUGAUUGAUGGUGUUCCAUAUUGUCAUGUCUGUUUUUGUUACAAAGCUAAUAGUAAUAAUGCUGUCCAUGCAAAAAAUAAAAUAAAUAAACAAAUAAAUCCAUUCA